AUGGCGGGUCGGAAGCUGAAAGAAGCCCUCCUGAAGGUGGGAGAGUUGGCCCCGAGCCCAGGCCCUGAGCUGUGUAUCCGACAGCAGGUCUACCUCAGCAAGGACCCCUACGGGAUCUACAGUAUCUGCUUCAGUCGGGACGCCCAGCAGCUCGCCGUCGGCUUUGGAAACGGAGCUGUUCAGGUUCUGAACCCGGAGACAGGGACAGUGAUCCGUGAGCUCUCUCCAGGCCACAGGGCACGACAGGCUGUGACAGCGAUGAGUUACUUCCCGAAGCACUCCAACAUCCUUGUGACCGCUGGGGCUGACGGCAUCAUCUCGGUCUACAACACCGAUACUGGCUGGCAAGCUGUAACCAUCACCGAGGAGGACAAUGAGAUUCAUGCCUUGGAUUUCUGCUGCGAUGGGAAUGUGUAUGCUACAGCAGGAAAGGACCGGCAAAUCCGCCUGUAUGAUAGCAGAACCAGCAAGAUUGCCAAAUUGUUUGAAGCUCCUGACUUCAAGAACAACGAGAGCCUGACCCUGACCAGUGGGCACUCCCGCCGAAUCUUCGCUCUGCGCUUUCACCCAGACGAACGCCACAUCUUCCUGACCGGUGGCUGGGAUGACUCUGUAAAGAUCUGGGACAAGCGAAUGGAGAAGGAAGCUCGUCGCUUUCUCAAUGGUCCCCACAUCUGUGGGCAUGGCAUUGACAUCAGGGGAAACUGGAUCCUGACCGGAUCGUGGGUGGCCCACAACGCCCUGAAACUCUGGGAUUAUCGGAGCCUGAGGCUGGAGAAAACCAUUCCGUUUCCCGUCAGCAAGGGGCAGAGUGAGUUUCUGUACACUGCCCGGUUCUGUAACAGCGAGGUGGUCCUCAGUGGAGGCAGUGGGACACACAGUGCACACGCCAUCAACUACAAAAGCCAGCAGGAUCUCGGUGAGAUAGCCCUGGGCAGGAACACUGUCCAGGCUGUGGAUAGUGUGCUCGAUGGGCAGCUGAUCGCUGUGGCUGGAGUAAAUGGGAACCUCCACCUUGCUACUCUCUAUUAG